AUGGCUACCCCAAACAGCACAUCACUUGCACGCGUAAUUUUUCGCGAAAUCAUCCUUACAUUCUAUAUUACCGACGGUACCUUGACCGACCCGCCGCCGCCUUCUCCCGAGCUCUCCAGCUUCUUAGAGGAUAACGCGGGGACGCUGACCAUCAUAAUGGGACUUGCCUUUUGCUUGUUCCUUGGUUUGGCGCUAAUCAUCGAAACUAUCGUCGAGCUGAUCUGUUUAAUGUACGCGUACGUGGUUCGGGCUGCUCCUUGGGUUAAGGAUGAUGAGUUUCAGAAGGAUGAGCAAGCAGUUGAUUUGGAUGAAUUGGACACUAUUCGAACAGGCAGCACCUUCGAAGACAGGGUUGAUGAGCAGGAGGUAGAGAUGGAAUUAUUUUGGGAGUGA